AUGGCAGCCAAGGUCAAGAACCUCAUGAGUGCGGCGCACACUGCAGGCAUCUUUGCCGAUAUUGCGGUAGACGGUCCAGAAAUCGGAACCCUGGUCGCUAUCGUCGACCGAGCCAAAAACCUGCCAAACCGCAAGACAAUCGGAAAGCAAGAUCCCUACUGUGCGGCCAGAUUGGGAAAGGAAGCCAGGAAGACAACGACUGACGUCCGUGGCGGACAAACACCAAAAUGGGAUCAAGAGCUACGGUUUACAGUUCAUGAUUGCCCAGAUUACUACCAACUCAAGCUCUCCAUCUUUACAGACGAUAAGCGAACAGACCUGAUCGGAGAGUCAUGGAUCGACUUGCGAGCAAUCAUUGUUCCUGGUGGUGGACAAAACGACUUUUGGCAAACGUUGACCUGCAAAGGCAAAUACGCCGGUGAAAUCAGAGUUGAAAUCACAUUCUACGACACUCGACCAAAGCCCGACAAGCCGGCAGCGAAGCCAAAGCAGAUUGCUCCAGCUGAACCAGAGCAGGGAUCUGUCAAGCAGAGAACACCCGUAAAAAGACGGCCUUUGCCAUCGGACCCUGUCACGGGCGAAGCUCCAGCUGUGUCACCACCAGCUUCAGCUCCGACAACAGCACCGGCUCCUGCGCCAGCUCCUGCACCAGUCCCAGCAGCGGCACCUUCUGAACCGCCUGCUGGUCCUGAUCAUCGCACGCCUCCACGAGCACAUGCUAAGCAGAUUUCACACUCAGGCAACUUUGUACCAACUCAGUCUCCUUUGCAAGUUGUCGAGUACAAUACACCACCUUCGCACUCAUCCCGCCGUCAGACGGAUCAAUAUUCUACGUCCCCACAUGGGCAUGUGCCCCAGGAUUAUACAACUCCGACCCGCGGAGAGGCGCCUCGCCCAUCUCGAAGGUCAAUGAUCGCUUAUGAUGAGCCUCGACAAUACGACGAUCGCGAGUACAGCCCCAGAUAUGCCCCUCAACACGAACAGAUGGACCCUCGUGGUCAUUACUCCCCUCAGCAAGACUUUUAUGAGCGACCACAAGCAUUGUUAGAUGAUCCCAGACAGUACUCACCUGUAGAGAGUGAGCACCCCCCACCUCCACCUGCACACCGUAGCAGAGGUAACAGUUCUGGUCAAGAACUUGUGCCGAGGAGAAGCAUGGAGACGUCGCCAAACAAGCUCCCACAGAUGAGACAUGACGUUUUGAGACAUGAGGCUCAGAGACAGUCGAUGGUGCCCUACCCAGGUCGACCAGCGUUCCGGAAUUAUGAUUCAGCCCCCGCUACUAAUCAAGCCUCUUCUCCCAACUCGAAUGCUUAUGAUGGCAUGCCGAGACACAGCUCAUAUGACGCGAGUUAUGAUCCUCAUUAUCGAUCUAUGCAGCCCACCGUUGAGGAUGUGCCUGAGAUGUCUGGCGCACCAGCACAAAAGAACCCACAGAAUGGCUCACAGUUCCAGCGUUCUGACGAACUCUGUUUUGAUGACAACCCAAGCCCUGCGCCUCUGGUCCUUCGGCGAUCUCCUGUCCCUGCUCAAUACAGAGAAGACUACUCGCCAUCGCAGUCUCCCCGGGGCUACCAGAAUCCCGAGGACUGGCAAGUGGCUUUGUCACCAUCUCAUGGACGGAGCUAUUCUAGAAGUCCUACAGAUAACGCAUAUUACCAUCACAAUGGUCAAGGCAAUUAUACAGGCCACCCAGCUGAUAUGAGUCUCACCCACAUGCAAUCCCCACACAACCAAGCGCCCCCGGCUUUGCCAGCGGCCCUUGUACCAGGACUGGAUGCAAGCCAAUCUCAGGAAUUGACAAACCUUAUCUACGAAGAUCGCCGGCAAGACCGAAGACAGCAUUCGCAGAGCAUGCCCAGCAUGCCUACAUCUACUCGAGGACGCCCUAGGAACGAAUCCUUCCAAGGAUACAAUCAGCCACCACCUGAUCAAGGCUAUGGCCAGCCACCACCUGAGCAUGCGUACGCGGUUCAACCUUAUAACCGACGGGCUAUUACUUACAACCCACCUGAACAACAAGUCGUAAGGCAUCGCGGCGUGUCUCCUGACCCGCGUACUAGUCCGAACCCUCAUCACAGAAUCAAGCGCAAGUCAGUGAGUCCCGCACCUCCUAUCGAAGACCAAAGGAGGAAAUCGGAUAUUCCAUUUGGACCUGAUUCAUAUGAUGCUCUCAACCCCAGUCUUGUUUCGUCCAAAAACGGAACAAGCCCCUCACCUGACUUUAUGGACGAGGAGCCAAAGAAGAUCAUCACAUAUGACGGGCGCGAGAUCGACCCAUCUGACCAUCUUCCGAUGGAGACAUGGGCACCUGAACCAGAGAAGAAGAAGCCAGAGCCUGGCACCGAAACUCGUUCAAGACCUCAACUUUCAGGGGUCAAGCCAAUGCCUCCCAGCAACCGACGAGCCCCACGUAGCGGACGUCAUUCGAUGUCUGCCGUGAACACGUCUUAUUCCUUCGGUGAAGAGCCUCGCACGCCUCCCCAAGCUGGUCGCACUCGCCUCCAAAAACGAACAAACCGAGUAUCAGCGGACAACUCUCCAGCAGCCUCAAGCCCACUGGCUCCAAUUUCUAAGGAUAAUUACCAGGAGAGGGCACCAUAUGGCAACGCUUCGCUUCGAGGAUUGCCUCGUGCGGGCACAUGGGAUUUUGAAGACGAGAAUCGUGGGGUUUAUGGAGGCCCACCAAUUCCGGCCAAGAUCCCUAUGCCGGUGAUGAGCGGUGCAAAUGGCACCGGCCAGGAGCUGGCACUAAUGCAAGAGAUGCAGCGUAUUGAUAUUGGGACAGGCAGGUCCAGAAGAAGGGGAGGCUAUUAG